AUGACGUCGCCCAAGUGCGCGCCGCACAAGCACCAACACGGGGACAGUCUGCAGAAACCGGUGGAGAACCGUGACCGCCGGUACAAGGAAGGUCUGCGUGAGCUAGUGCAUUACAAGGACGGGCACAAGGAGAGUCUACAGAAACCAGAAUACAAUAGGACAGCCCCUGUUGACAAAACUCAGAGGGCAGCCAAGGAAAGGGGCGACAGCCCGAAUCACACGACCGUGCAGAGGCAAGAAAGGCCGAGUUUGCAAAAACCGAGUUUUGAGAAGUGGGACCCGUUCCGACCGAGACGGACGAGGCAAGUGCAUCCCGACGGCAGCCACAGCUGCAGUGUGGUCACACCGGGGUCUGGAGCGAAGGGGCCUCAUCGAGGGGUCAAGGGGACCCGCGGGACAGAGGGGGUCCGCGGGGCAAAGGAGCCGGCAGGGUGCGCCCUGUCGAAACGGUCACAGGAGGAGUACGCGUGGCUCACGGAGCGACUGGGCGAGCAGGGAAAGAAAUGCCGGGCAUAUUCGGGGCGUUGCUCGCAGGUUGAGCACAGCACUGAAGCUGCCAGGUUUGAGGAGAUGGCUGAACAAGCAACGCGGCUGCAGGUGCUACUGGAGAUGGCGCAGAGGCAGGGGCACCGCCCCCCACACACACCCUCACGCGCGAGGACUCUGCACGUGCCCAGGGUCAACCCUGACCUGGCUGCUGGUGACCUCUUGGUGACCGUGUUCCGGGGUCACGACCUUUGCCCCCCCUCCACUCCAGGUGUGGCGAAGCAUGGACUGCACGCAUUCGUAAAAAUCGAGGUGCCCCUGCCAUGCCCGAAGGCGUCCCAGAGGGAGAAGACGGGCACGCAGAGCGGCACGUGCCCAGAGUUCAACGAGAGCUUCAAGUUCACUCUGCAGCGUGGGUCUCUUGGGUUCCUCAACGCUGUGCGCCAAGGAGACAUCUCCUUCCUGCUACUCCACAAGGGCCCACUGGGAAGUGAGUGGGCUCUGGGGGAAGCUGUGCUGGGGCUUCGCGCUCUGCUCGGUCGCUGUGAGGUGACGGCGACCUUACCGCUCCGAAGGUCGGGCCGGGAGGGGGAGGGGUCGCGGGGGGCGGCGGGCUCCGUGGACGUGCGGGUGCGCGCGCGUUCACCCCUGGGGGGCGGCUGGGACCUGGAGGAGGUGGAGGAGGAGUGGCUGCAGCUGAACCCCGUGCACACGCAUGUGAUACUGUCCGGCAGGGGCGUGGAAAUUGAUCCCAGCAGCCUGGACGUGGCGAGCGUGGAGGUGCUCGCUCUGGAGCGGAAGCUGCUCGAAAGUCAGCUGGCGGUGUACCUGGAGAUGGGGCGCACGCCCUCGCCGGCGCUGGCGCAGCGCUUCAUGCUGCUGGGCCGGCAGGAGGAGUGGCUGAGGAGUCAGCUGGAGGCCGGCGACGACACGACGGUGCACGACUACGUGGCGUGGCUGAUGGUGCUGGCCCGUCGCUACUGCGAGGAGGUGCGCCGGAGGAGACGUCUCGGGGUCGACGAGGAGGAGGGUGCUCGCCUCGCCGCUGCAAAGCACCGUGCCGUCCUCGCAGAGAUCUCUCUCUACAAGCGGUGAACGUCGCCGAUCAUGAUGGUAUCGUCGUGACGAUGGGUGGCAUCACUAUGACGACGGCUGGGAUCGCCGUGGUGACGGGGAUCGGCGUGACAACGGGGAGAUCGCCGUGACGACAGGGAUCGCCGUGGUGAAGGAGAUCGGCGUGACAACGGGGAGAUCGCCGUGACGACGGGGAUCGUCGUGGUGACGGGGAUCGCCGUGACGACGGGGAGAUCGCCGUGACGACGGGGUGAUCGCCGUGACGACGGGGAGAUCGCCGUGACGACGGGGAUCGCCGUGACGACGGGGUGAAGUGUGUCCCUACGAAUACCAGUUCCCUCUUUCCCGGCGGCACUGAGAAUGGUGGAGUCUUUUUAGCCGCGGCAGAAAAAAAUUUGUAAAUAGUUUAUGGUCCUGUGGAACUGUGGUCAUUUAUAUUUUGUUGAUACUUAGAGCAAACAGUGUCAAUAACGAAUUAAAUAAUGGUUGGAUUUUUUUGUACAAAAUGUAAAUAUUUAAGGCACAGUGCUGGUGUAAAUUAUGAAUGUUUAUUUAUUGUUGGGAGCAAGGUCAUUGCACAGGGACACGCGCGCCCACGCAUGCAGACGAGAAUCACCUGCGUGUGCACGCACACAAAGACAAAGAUCCCCCGUGUAGCCUUAACAGACCGUUGGGACAAGUGCUGUUAGCGAGCGCCUAAUAAAGGGCUGGCACGGCACACGAGGGGUUGGGUGGCCAGCACCACGCCCGGCCACCUUUGUCACCCUAGUGACAAUGUUUUAAACACAGCACCAGGUAUUAUUCAUUUGAGGCCGAGUCACCCUAGGGGAGCCCCAGGCCCGGUUGAGAUAAUCGUCACUGGUAGAGGCCGUGAGCGGGAAUCUAUCUCGUGUCGCCGGGGUUUGGAGCGCAACACUCGCCGCACGCGCACGCACGCACGCAACCAUACGCGUGCAUACGUGAGUAAGCAGGCAAAUGCGUACAGAUGUGCCCACACACACACACAAGUUACGUUUAUUUGUUUAACCAGGGUGAGACUCAUUUGCAAGAGUGACCUGGGCGUACACACUCGGAUACACAAUUGCACACCCAUAAAUGUGCACGCACUCGCCCAUAUAUGCUUGUCACUCAAGUGACGGUGAUGCCAAGAAGCUAUUUUUCGUGCCAAGCUCGGUGCACGGGUGAGGACACGUGAAGUGUCGAAGGGCCUCGCUCGGUGUGGUAGGAGGUCACGGCACAGGCCAAGAAGGUAAAUUUUCCGAGAUUAUCUAACUAAACACAUUCCUGCGGAGGGAGCUGGUAGGAACGUUGGGUUGCUCGGUCAAUGGCCAGGGUCAACGGCGGCGUGGUGUAUUCCGCAAAUAUGCCCGACUGUGAGGGCGGGCACAAGCCGGCGUGAGUAGGUUAAACGUUGAGUUUUAUAAGGGCACCACGGGGUGACCAGCCCCUCCCCACCCA